ACAACAGCUAAGCUUCUUUAAGGAUAAAUUUCAAAAUUUAUUUUUGAGUGCAAGUUUCAAUGUUGGUGCGCUUUUGUAUUAUGACAAAAAUUGUUCGAAAUGUACAAUAAAAGCUUUCAAAACUUUAAAAUCAUAAGAAUCUGAUAAAAAGUUAGUAUGGGAAAAGUCUUUAGCAGUUGCUUUGGAAAAAAAGAUUCGGUCAUAGAAAAUGACAGAGAACAUUUGUUUAAUGAGGAGAGAGAUUCAGACGGACUUGUUUAUCGAAUAUUAAAAAUAAAAACAAAGCGGCAUUCCAGUUUUCUAAACAGAUUUUGGAAUAAAAAGAAUCUUUUGUACUCGAGAUUGAAUCGGUCAAACCAAGCAUCAUCUUCAUCUGGCAUAAAUUUACAAUGCUUAGAUGCUCGUUCCCUCAUGAUGAUUGCCAAGGAUAAAAAUUUCGCAUACCGCCAAGAGUUGAAUGGAUCUGAAUGCACGUCUAACUAUAGUAAUUCAUUAGAUUUAGAAUGGGAACAUGAAUAUGGUAGUAAUACAGAUCAAUGGCUUCCUAACAAAGACUCGGAAUACUUAAGUGACGAUGGUACAGCCUCCAACUACUCUGCACUUUCGAAUAAAAGUGCUAAAAACCGUACGAAUCUGAUUCGGCGAGUAGAUCAAAAUCUGAAAGUCAAUCCUAAUGCCAUUUCCAUGGCUCGAAGUGGAAAUUCUUCACGUCGAUCAACUCCAGAUUCCAUGGAAUGGGACCUGGAUCACGAUCAACUUAAAUCGGAGGUUGAUUCUGUUGACCUAGAGACGAAAGAACUCCUGAAUGAAAUAGAGCAAUUAAAAAAUCGUGUCUUGAGCGAAACAGGCGAAGGAGUACAUGUGCAAUUAGAAAAAUCUGAAAUUUAUGAAAGUUGAUUAAGAUGAAAUUUGCAAGGCAAAGAAAAAAAAUAGCUAUUUAAUACAAGUAAUAGAAAAAAUUUUAAGCUGCCUAUUUAUAAUAUGAGUGACAAUGAUUUUUUCAUAAAAUCUAAGAUUUUGUCAAUCAAUGAUUAUGUUAACGGCCUUGAAUUAAUGUAAAUUAAGUUGU